UGACACCCCAGAGAUACCAUUCGGCUACCGGACUCACCUGUCACCAUCCAAGAUGAUACGUGUCAUCAUUGCUCUGACUCUGGUCUUGUGCAAUGUGGCGGCUUUGAAGAUCGGAGCAUUUAACAUUCAGGCCUUUGGAGACUCAAAAAUGACAAAACCUGAUGUAUCUUCCAUCAUAUGUAAGAUACUGUGUCGCUAUGAUAUAGUCGUGAUCCAGGAAGUCAGAGAUACAGACCUUAGUGCAGUGGAAACCCUGAUGCUGGAACUGAACAGAAAACAUCCUCAACCCAGAUAUUCCUAUGAGGUCAGCGACCCUUUAGGAAGAGACUCUUAUAAAGAGCGUUACCUGUUUGUGUACAGGAAUGACAAGGUGAGCGUCCAAGACUCCUAUCAUUACCACGAUCACAACAUGUACACUGGAGAAGACACCUUCAGCAGGGAACCAUUCGUGGUCAUGUUUAACGCUCCAGGGACAGUUAUUGGAAACAUUGUCCUGGUCCCGUUACAUUCUGCACCCAAGGAUGCGGUCCGGGAGAUAGAUGCUCUGUACGACGUCUAUGUGGAUGUGUGUGACAGGUGGCAGACCGAUAAUAUUAUAUUUCUGGGAGACUUCAAUGCCGGCUGCAGCUACGUCAGUGAGUCUGACUGGGACAACAUCCGCCUGCACAGCAGCGAAGACUUCACAUGGCUGAUCCCUCACGACGUUGACACGACUGUAGGAAAAACGUUCUGUCCAUACGACAGAAUUGUCAUCAGUGGCGCUGAGCUGCAUGACGCUAUAGUUCCCGAUUCAGCCAAGAUAUUCAACUUUAAUGAACAGUACAAACUGUCUCAAGAACUGGCUUUGGCUGUGAGUGACCACUACCCUGUGGAGCUUGAGAUGAUGAUGGUGUAAGUGGGGGCAUUGUCACUGUGUAUUGCAGGAGUAACAUUUGUACAUCAGCUAUGGACAGCCUACAGAUGGAGCCAUCUUUAUCUUGGCCUUUAAUAGGAUUAAUUGAGCCAGGGCAAUCAGACUUAAUCCCUUUAUGUAUUGUUCUCUCUGUAUUGUAUAGCAGCUGAGAACAAUAGAUGAAAGGCUUAUGCUAAUAAACCUUGGUGCGCCUAGGCGCAGCAGAGAAGCCAAGAUGAUCAUGGCUCCAUCUAUACGUCAUUAUUCCGCCCAUCUAAAGCUAGCUGCCCACUGUGCAAUACCCGGACUGAUCAGACUAUUCUUAGCUGGUCGGACGAUUACUGCACAGUGGCCCUCAUUCCGAGUUGUUCGCUCGCAAGCUGCUUUUAGCAGCAUUGCACACGCUAAGCCGCCGCCUACUGGGAGUGAAUCUUAGCUUAGCAAAAUUGCGAACGAAAGGUUCUCAAAAUUGCGAAUAGAAAUUUCUUUGCAGUUUCUGAGUAGCUCGAGACUUACUCUUCCAGUGCGAUCAGUUCAGUGCUUGUCGUUCCUGGUUUGACAUCACAAACACACCCAGCGUUCGCCCAGACACUCCGCCGUUUCUCCAGCCACUCCCGUGUUUUUCCCAGAAACGGUAGCGUUUUUUCACACACUCCCAUAAAACGGACAGUUUCCGCCCAGAAACACCCACUUCCUGUCAAUCACAUUACGAUCACCAGAACGAAGAAAAAACCUUGUAAUGCCGUGAGUAAAAUAAUUGGUAUUUGGCUUCAUAGCAAAUUUACUUGGCGCAGUCGCAGUGCGAACAUUGCGCAUGCGCAAUAAGCGGAAAAUCGCUGCGAUGUGAAAAAAAUUACAGAGCGAACAACUCGGAAUGACCACCAGUGUGUACUCACCACCCGAGGCUGAUGGCCAAUCACAAGCCAGGUGGAUCGGCUCCCGUCAUCGGGAGUGCGGCCACGUUGAGCCGACAUCGUGCCACAAAUGCGACGUGUACACGACUGGCCGGACAAAACCACAUUUACAGGCAUCAACACAAUCGUUCAGACAGGAAUGUUAAUUGUGUUGUGUUUACAGGAAAUUGGAUGUGGAUCCUAUUAUCUGUCUGUUGUGUGCCUAGCUUAAAUGAAAUUUCUACUAUGCUAUACUUGUAUAUAGCCACUUAAUCAGGAAAAUGGAUAAUUGGGAAAAAAUAAAUUAUGUCUCCGUGAAAAAGGGCGUAUUACAUACGUCACACAUGUAUUAUCAGAAAUAUUUACUACGGGUGAGGACGUUUGUGAGAAAAGGACUCCGCUGCUGUAACUAGUCUGUGACGGGGUAGCGUUGCUUGUAAGACCCCCUGCGCUGGUAGCUGUAGUAUAUAGCAUUAACUUAUAUGGUACAGUAAUGUAUUUAUACAGACCUCUCUGUGAUGGUCACACAGUGCACUGAGAUAUAGAACACGUCUACGGAACUUGUACAAUAUUGUGAAAUAAAGUUGGCACUUCAUACGGCGUUAAAAAACGGUCUAUGUGAAAAACAUAGUGGAUCGUGUUAAUACGCUAUAUAUUUGUCGUUUGAUUCAUGUCUUCCUACCUCUAUGUCUGUCUGUACCCAGUUCUGUUCUAUUACGGUUGUUCCAAUUGUAAAGUGCAACGAAAUAUGCUGCGCUAUAUAAGAAACUGGUAAUAAAUAAUAAUGUCCAAUGUUUUUAAUGAAUUACUGUGAAAAAAUUUAUUUUAAAAGAAAAACAAUGGUAUACAAUUAAAUAUAACGAUGGUA